GUGGUUUUCUUAGUGGUUCCAUCUGUUACAAAGAAAAGUUUCCUUGAAGAGGGGUAAAGACUAAACCCAUCUGAUGUACAAGGACAAGUGUUCAUAUUGCAGGGGGUUAUGCUGGCUUAGUAAAUUAAUGGUUGUACACUCUCUUCCAAUAACUACAAUUUCAGUAGCACCGAUCAGUUAGGUUGGUUUCCAGUACAAGGCAUGGCUUCCCUUGAGGUAUACUUGCCAUGCUGAACUCUGACUACCAGGCUGUGCUGGUUAUUGUGGUUCAUAAGUGGCAUACCUGGGAAGGACUUCUUUCCCUCCUCUGGAAGCUUACGUGGUAACUUCCGGUACCAAGAAAACUAGUCCUCAGGGAGCCUAUAUUCAAGCCAGUUCUAGCUCAGGGUACUGAAGCUGUUUUUAUAUCAUGGGGUAAACACUAGUACUCUCUUUUGAAAAUAGUUUACUUUUCAGCUCUUUUCAAGAACUAAUGCUUUUUACCUUGGGCUAUUUUGCUGUUCUUCUUUCUCCCAAAACAAAGUUGAGAGACCAGUUUGAUACAAAACAAGGCAUUUCAGAGGGCAAUUAAAAAAUCUACAGGAAAAUCCCACCUCUAGAGCCAGCUUCUCACUGAAUUUAAAUAGUGCAUGGAAAUUGACUAACAGUAGGUAUUUGACCCACUGUUAAACUGAAGAAAAUAACUGUUUCUGAAGGAUCAGAGAAAAAAGAGAAGGUAUCCAGUUGCUUGCUGUGCUGUUAUUGGGAAUGAGGAUUGAGAGGAGGUAAUAAUUUUCUCCCCCUCAGAGUAUUAUCAGGGAGAAAACUUCAUUUUGAAUGGAAAACCUCUGAUGCCUUUAUAUUUUGUAAAAAUCAUGCCAUAUAAAUUCCAGAAGCCAUGAUCAAAACCAACAAAAAUACCUGGCUUUUGCCAUAUGUAACUUUAAACACUCUUGGGCUCUGCUUGGGGUGAGGGCCCAACUGCUUGAAGGCCAGGGCCUGCAAUUAGCGUAUGCCUAUACCUGGAAGUAGACAACCUGAGAAACCUGCUGAAUGAAUGCCCCAUCACCUAUGAAAAUACAACAUGUUGACUAAUAUUCCCACCCGCAGCCACUUUUUCUGUCCUCUAGUUUAUGUUUAGACCAUGCUUAACUAUAGAAAAAUAUCAGGGAUUUUUUUGAAGGCCUAUGUCAGUCUAGGGGUGCCCUGUUAUCACUCUAUAAGACAAUAACGAUGAAAAUCUGUAUUAUAAUAUCUUCCCUCUACUCUCUGCUUCUUCUCUAGAGUCCUCUGGGGUUUUGUUUGGUUGGUUUGGUUUUCCUUAUCUUGCCUUCAUCCCCUUGUGAGUACCUAUGAGGAAAAGGAAGGACUCUCUGACAGAACCCUUGAAUCCCUUUACCCUGCCCUCUCUCAUUAGUGAUCACAAGGGAGGGUGCUUAUCAGACACUAGUCACUCUUAACCUUCCCACACUGUGACCUUGGUGAAUUCUUUCAGAUUAAUGCCGGUUUUCAGUCUGAUUUCUCCUUUUUAUGCAGCCAUGGACACCAGUCUGUGGAAUGCUGCCACCCACAGUUACUGUGGGUCCCCAUAGCUCAAUUAAUCUUGUCUAGAUAAAUCUCUCUCAUACAUGCUAGAGGUUGUCUCCUAGAUGAUUAUAGGUCCUUUCAAAUUGACAAUAUUAACAACACAAGAAGCACCUUAGCCCGUAAAUUAAUAUUUGGAAAUACAGAGUCAGCAUGCCACCAUUUUGAAACUCCUGGGAACGUAAUGGAUCCCGUGAUUUAUUCCCAAUUACUAUUCACAAAGGAAACUAUUUUGAACAAGACAGAAUUAAGUCACAUUAAACUAUUUGUUUCACAUAUGCCUACUAGUCUGGAUAGUUAAAUUUGUAAACCACAUUUUUAAAAACUAGGAAACAAAGUGAUAAAAGGAACCUGUGCUCAAGCUUGUCCCUAGGCACAGGACGGUGCUGGGCGACUCAGCAUGCUCUGGCUUGGCCAGGGGACCUGCGCACAGAGAACUUCCUCCCAGACACCCAGGAGGAAGCGGAAGUGCCGCUCUGCGUAGCCUUGGAGACGCGGGGGAGGCGUAGUCGCCUCGUUGCAAGACCUUUGACCCGCGCUCCGCCGCCUCAGAGGCGGAGUACCUAGGACGCCUGAAAAGGCCGAGGUGGCCGCGGGUCGCUGCCACGAUGGAGGUAACGGAUUCUGCUCAAGAUGCUGUGACUGCAGCACCCUCCGGGACCCCGAAAUCCAAGCUAGAAACAUUGCCCAGAGAAGAUCUCAUCAAGUUUGCCAAGAAGCAGAUGAUGCUCCUACAGAAAGCCAAAGCAAGGUGUACAGAAUUAGACAAAGAAGUUGAAGAGCUCAAAUCAAAACCUGUUGACGGAGGAACUGAUGAUAUGAUUAAGGUGCUAACUGAACGCUUGGAUGCUCUUCUUCUGGAAAAAGCAGAGACUGAACAACAGUGUCUGUGUCUCAAAAAAGAAAAUAUUAAAAUGAAGCAAGAGGUUGAGGAUUCUGUAACUAAACUGGAAGAGACACAAAAAGAGUUUGAACAAUCACAUAGAAACUACGUAAGAGAAAUGGAAAGUGUUAAAAAUGAACUGAUAGCAGUACACUCAGAGCACAGCAAAGAAAAGGCUGCCUUACAAAGAGACCUGGAGGGAGCAGUCCAUAGGCAAGCAGAGCUGUUAGAACAGCUCAAGUCUCAGAGCGACUCUGAAGAUAAUGUUAAAAAACUACAGGAAGAGAUUCAGAACAUUACAGCAGCAUUUGAGGAACAAACGUCAUGUCUACAAAAGCAAUUAGAAGCUACCAGUGAUGAAAAACAGCAAGAGAUUAUUCAUCUCCAGAAAGUCAUUGAGGACAACGCUCAGCACUACCAAAAAGAUAUUAAUACUUUCCAAGAAGAGAUUGUGCAGCUGAGAGCUACACACAAAGAAGAAGUUAAUGAGCUGAUGUCUCAAAUGGAAACAUUAGCUAAAGAACAUGAGGCAGCAGUAAAUAAGCUAAAAGAGAACAGAGUGACACUGUGUGAGACAAGUGAGACCAUUCCAGAGAAUUACCAAUGUGAAUCAGAAAGCUUAAAUGAAGACACCUCAGAUGCAAGCCAGGAGAAUCAAAAAUGCUCUGUGGCCUUACAGGAAGAUCCUUUUGCAGAACAUACAGUGUAUGAUAAAGUCAGACAAUUGGAAGAUUCAUUAAAAGAACUGGAAUCUCAACAUAGUAUCUUAAAAGAUGAAGUGACUUAUAUGAAUAAUCUCAAGUUAAAACUUGAAAUGGAUGCCCAGCAUAUAAAGGAUGAGUUUUUCCAUGAAAGAGAAGACUUGGAGUUUAAAAUUAAUGAACUGUUGCUGGCCAAAGAAGAACAGAGCUACGUAGUAGAAAAAUUAAAAUAUGAGCGAGAAGAUUUAAAUAGGCAGCUUUGCUGUACUGUGGAACAACAUAACAAAGAAAUACAGCGUCUUCAGGAGCACCAUCAGAAAGAAAUCUCUGAACUAAGUGAGACAUUUAUGUCAGGUUCAGAAAAAGAAAAGUUAGCAUUAAUGUUUGAAAUACAGGGACUUAAGGAACAGUGUGAAAAUCUACAACAUGAAAAGCAAGAGGUAGUUCUAAAUUAUGAGAGUUUACGAGAGAUGAUGGAAAUUUUACAAACGGAACUUGGAGAAUCUGCUGGAAAAAUAAGUCAAGAGUUUGAAACAAUGAAGCAACAGCAAGCAUCUGAUGUUCAUGAGCUUCAGCAGAAGCUAAGAACUGCUUUUAACGAAAAAGACGCUCUUCUUGAAACUAUAAAUCGCCUACAAGGAGAAAAUGAAAAAUUAUUAUCACAAGAAUUGGUAUCAGAACUCGAAAGUACCAUGAAGAACCUUAAGGCAGAUAAUAGCAUGUACUUAGCCAGCCUUGGUCAAAAAGAUACCCUGUUACAAGAAUUAGAAGCAAAGAUAAGUUCUCUUGCUGAAGAAAAAGAUGAUUUUAUAAGUAAAAUCAAAACUUCCCGUGAAGAGAUAGAUGAUCUCCAUCAGAAAUGGGAAAGGGAACAGAAACUGUCUGUAGAACUCAGGGAAGCAGCAGAGCAAGCCGCCCAGCACAACAGUGAACUGAGACAAAGAGUAAGUGAAUUAACAGGAAAACUAGAUGAAAUAUUAAGAGAAAAGAGUCAAAAUGACCAAAACAUUAUGGUUCAAAUGAAAACCAUGACAGAAGACCAAGAAGCAUUGUCAUCUAAAAUCAAGUCUCUUUAUGAGGAAAACAAUAGACUGCAUUCUGAAAAGGUCCAGUUGAGUAGAGAUUUAGAAGCUCUUCAGUCUCAACAAGAUUUUGCCUAUAAAGAGCAUGUUGCUGAAUUCGAAAAGAAACUCCAGUUAAUGGUUGAAGAACGAGAUGAUUUAAAUAAACUGCUUGAAAAUGAGCAACUUCAGAAGUCAUUUGUCAAAACUCAGUUGUACGAGUUUCUUAAGCAAAUGAGGCCAAGCAUUUUAGAAGAUAAUGAAGAGGAAGAUGUUGUCACAGUUCUAAAAGCUGUGGGUGAAUCCUUAGUGACAGUAAAGGAAGAAAAGCAUAACUUAGUCUUUGAAUAUGAUGCGAGAGUAUUAGAAUUAGAAAGGAGGAUUAAGUGCCUUCAAGAGGAGAGUGUAGUUCAGUGUGAAGAACUAAGGGCUUUAGUAAGAGACUCUGAACAAGAGAAAAUUCUCCUAAGAAAAGAAUUAGAUGAAGUCACAUCAACAAAAGAGGCCCUGCAGUGUGAUAUUCUAGAAAUGAAGAAUACUAAUGAAAAAACAAGCCUUGAAAAUCAGACUCUUUCAACUCGGGUUGAAGAAUUAUCGCGGUCAUUACACAGCAAAAAUGAAGUCCAUAAUGAAAAGGAUCUUGUCAUAGAACAUGAAAACCUGAGGCUAUCGCUUGAGCAGAGGGAGUCUGAGCUACAAGAUGUGAGAGCAGAAUUGAUGCUGCUGAAGGAUUCCUUAGAGAAAUCGCCUUCUGUAAAAAAUGAUCAACUUUCAUUGGUAAAAGAGCUGGAAGAAAAAAUAGAAAGUCUGGAAAAAGAAUCCAAAGACAAGGAUGAGAAAAUCAGUAAGAUAAAACUAGUCGCUGUGAGAGCAAAGAAAGAACUAGAUUCUAACAGGAAAGAGGCCCAGACACUACGGGACGAACUCGAGUCCGUACAGUCAGAAAAGGACCGCUUAUCUGCUUCUAUGAAGGAGUUUAUCCAAGGAGCAGAAAGCUAUAAGAAUCUUCUGUUAGAAUAUGACAAGCAGUCAGAACAGCUGGAUGUGGAAAAAGAACGUGCUAAUAAUUUUGAACAUCACAUAGAAGACCUUACCAAACAAUUAAGAGAUUCGACUUGCCAGUAUGAAAAACUAACUUCCGACAAUGAGGAUCUCCUGGCUCGAAUUGAGACCCUGCAGGCUAAUGCCAGGUUAUUAGAAGCACAGAUCUUAGAGGUCCAGAGAGCCAAAGGAGUAGUAGAAAAAGAACUGGAAGCUGAAAAACUUCAGAAAGAGCAGAAAAUUAAGGAACAUGUCAGUACUACAAAUGAGCUUGAAGAACUUCAACUCCAAUUUCAAAAGGAAAAGAAGCAGCUUCAGAAAACGAUGCAAGAAUUAGAACUGGUUAAAAAGGAUGCCCAACAGACCACGUUGAUGAAUAUGGAAAUAGCAGAUUACGAACGUUUGAUGAAAGAAUUAAAUCAAAAGUUAACAAAUAAAAACAGUAAGAUAGAAGAUUUGGAGCAAGAAAUGAAAAUUCAGAAACAGAAACAAGAAACCCUACAAGAAGAAAUGACUUCCCUGCAGUCUUCAGUACAGCACUACGAAGAAAAGAACGCCCAAAUCAAGCAGCUGCUUGUGAAAACCAAAAAGGAACUGGCAGAUGCAAAGCAAGCAGAAACUGAUCACUUACUACUCCAGGCGUCUUUAAAGGGCGAGCUGGAAGCAAGCCAGCAGCAAGUAGAAGUCUAUAAAAUUCAGCUAGCUGAGAUGACAUCUGAGAAACACAAAAUCCAUGAGCACCUGAAGACUUCUGCGGAACAGCACCAGCGCACACUAAGUGCAUACCAGCAGAGGGUGGUGGCCCUGCAGGAAGAGAGCCGCACUGCCAAGGCAGAGCAAGCUGCUGUCACCUCUGAAUUUGAGAACUACAAAGUCCGGGUUCAUAACGUUCUAAAACAACAGAAAAAUAAAUCUGUGUCUCAGGCUGAAACUGAGGGAGCUAAACAAGAAAGGGAACACCUGGAAAUGCUGAUUGACCAACUGAAAAUCAAGUUACAGGACAGCCAAAACAGCUUACAAAUCAGUGUGUCAGAGUUCCAGACACUGCAGUCUGAGCAUGACACUCUGCUAGAGAGGCACAACCGGAUGCUGCAGGAAACUGUGACCAAAGAGGCGGAACUUCGGGAAAAGUUAUGUUCAGCUCAAUCUGAGAACACCAUGUUGAAGUCUGAACACGCCCAGACAAUGUGUCAGCUGACAUCCCAGAAUGAGGCCCUCCGUAACAGCUUCCGAGACCAAGUUCGACACUUGCAGGAUGAGCACAGAAAGACAGUGGAGACCUUGCAGCACCAGCUCUCCAAGGUGGAAACUCAGCUCUUCCAGCUCAAGAGUGAGCCACCCACAAAAAGCCCUGCUUCUUCCCAUCAACCUUCAAAAAGCCUCCGAGAAAGACGGACCACAGACCUCCCCCUUCUGGACAUGCACACUGUGACCCGAGAGGAGGGGGAAGGGAUGGAGACAACUGACAGUGAGUCUGUGUCUUCGGCCGGCACACACAUUCAGUCCUUGGAGCAGCUCCUUAGCUCUCCUGACAGCAAGCUUGAACGUCUUACAGAGGCCUCCUUAUGGCAUACAGAAUUUACCAAAGAAGAAUUGGCUGAGAAGCUCAGUUCCACCACGAAGAGUGCAGAUCACUUAAAUGGCCUGCUUCGGGAGACAGAGGCUACCAACGCCAUCCUUAUGGAGCAAAUUAAGCUUCUCAAAAGUGAAAUAAGAAGACUGGAAAGAAACCAAGAGCGGGAGAAGUCUGUGGCUAACCUGGAGUACUUGAAGAAUGUCCUACUGCGGUUCAUUUUCCUGAAGCCGGGUAGUGAAAGAGAGAGGCUUCUUCCUGUGAUAGACACGAUGCUGCAGCUCAGCCCUGAAGAAAAGGGAAAGCUUGCCACAGUUGCUCAAGGUGAGGAAGAAAGUGCCUCUCGUUCCUCUGGAUGGGCAUCCUACCUUCAUAGCUGGUCUGGACUGCGAUAGGUUGACAGAAAGAAGAUUCUUUAGUGAUGCAACAGAACUCCUUUGGAAAAGCUGGGUAUCAUUUGAUCAUGAAGUGUGCAUCUCUGUUCACAUCCCCUGAUGAUUGUACAUAUGUAUAGCCCAUGUAUAUAGAAUCUCAUCUUGUAGUAAAAGGACAUCAGCUUGAAGUAGUGGUACCAAUUGUUCAUGGUCCUCUAACUCAGCAUGUGGCCUCAUGGUCUCUGUGAUCUCCACCCACAGAGGAAACGGUUCAUUCCUGCACUCUGGAACCCCAGGAGACACUCAUUUCUAAGUAGUAUUGUGAAUUUUGAUAUUGAACUAAAUUUUGGUACCAAACCAACUGGGGAAUUUAAUCUUUUAAAAUAAUGUUUCAAGAUUGAGGAAAUGCUUUAUUGAUAAGGUUGACAUGUUUAUUAAAAGAUUAUGAAGUAAAUAUGCUAUGGUUUAAUUAUGAGGCUAACUUAAAUUGCAAUUCAGUCAGUUACUUUAAAAUAAACCUCCCUCCCAUUUGUAAUUUUCAAAAUUGGCCCUAGUCCUGGUAAUGUGACACUGACAGAAUAGGUGGGCUCCACCUCAGCUGAUGUGUUCUGUGGUGUCUCCAGGCUUGUUUGCUGCCACUCAUAAGCCAUGAGUCUCUUUUGAGAAUUCCCUACAUCUCAAAACAGUGACUGUCUUACUCAGCAUUAAAUCUACAUGUGAACCUGGUGCUUCCAGUAUUGUUCAAGUAUUCUUAUUUCCUAAGCAGGACCCCAGAGGGCUCAGACCCUCUAUUGGUGAACAAGCCUAGCUGGGGGAGUGUCUCUGUCCUUAUGUCUCUGGAAAUACUAUAUUGACUAGAUUAAAAUUGUGCUCUUAAAUCAGAUUUGGGGGUUAUAUUUUAAUAUGUAAUUUGUUAAUGAAUAGUGCUGUCUGGAGUCUUAAGCUUACGUUUAUUCUCCAGUUGUCAGUCUCAGCUUGAAACUGUCCUUUAGUCACUAUGAAUAUUGGUUUCCAACCUGGUUUGACUGAAAUUUACUGCUGACAUGUUGAGUUUGUUCUCUUAAAGCUGUUUGACUCUCAGUGUUCGCUCUACCUGUGUUAGAACAGACCUAGCAAGUGAGUGUGCUGAUUCAAACACAUCUCUCUCAGCUGACUCUUUAAGGUAAGGUUUUCUACCUUUAUAAACUGUGAAUGUGAGUAUGCCCAGCGGAAUCCCAUGUAAUUUCAGUACUAUUUAAAUAAACUCCAUGUUUUCUUUGGGCCUAAUAUGCCUUUUGAAGUCUGUAUAAACUUGUUUUCAAAUCUAAUCUGUUCAUAUGAAUAUAAUAAAAAUACCUUUUGCAUGGUAAAAAUUACUUUGAUUACAAAAGAUAUAUAUAUGCUUUUUGUGACCAGCAAUAAGAAACUGUAAUGACUGAUAUUUCUAUUAAAUGCACUUAACUAUA